AUGAUCGAAGAGUCAUCAUUAGAAAGAGCUUGUUAUGGUUGGAUAGAUCAAGAUGAUGAGAGACUUCUAGAAGGCUUUAGUUGGGAUAAGUGGGAUCCUAACAGAACUUCAGGAAAAGUAGCAUUUGUUGCUCAAAUUUAUGAAGAUUCAACUGCUGAAGAAGAAUUGGCGUAUGCUUACUAUCAAUCUCAGCAGUCCAGUCCUAAAAAGAUCGAAGAAGAACCAGUUGCAACAAAAGAAGCUUCAGAAAGAGCACCAAUCUUUGAUCAUUCACCAGAUGAAAAGAGUGAUGAUUAUGACAGUGAAGAGAUUCAAAAGCUUGAAUAUUAUGCAAGAAAAUUUUCAUCUGAUAAAGAUAAUUUGCUUUUUGCAGGUAAAACAGAAAAGAUCAAAGAAAAACAAGCUGCGAAAAAGAAGAAUCAUAAAGCAGCAACUGUUAAAGAAAAAGAUGAUAGUGAUGAUGAUAAUUCGUAUUAUGCAGGUAAAAUGAAAGAGAACAAAAAAUUACAAGCUGCGAAAGAUGACAGUGAUGAUGAAAAUAUUCGAGUAAUAAAAAAGCAGGUUAAAAAACAAGAUGACAGUGAUGAUGAAGAUGUUCGAGUGAUAAAGAAGCAGGUGAAAGAAAUUCCAGCUUUCAAGGUUGAAAAGGAAGCUGAUGCAGAAAAGAUACCUGAAAAAUGUGAAAAUUGUGAUACUUCAAGCAGUGAACAAGCGUUAGCUAUUGAGACACUUAAUGGAGCGUUCAUGACAAAGCAGAAAAUCAUCAAUAAUUACAUUGAGAAAUGUGCUGUACUUGAACAAAAAUUGGAAACCCAGAGGAUAGAAACUGAAAGGGUAAACAGGAUUUACCCUACAGUAGAAGGUAUGAAAGCGUUUGAAGAAGAGGAUACUGAAGUAAAGGAUACUGAGAUUGUGCAGGCAAAAGCAGCUAGGUUUCGACUUCUAAGGAUAUGCAGAUUCGAGCCACGUUCCAGAUCCUGUUACUACGGAGAGCCAGGAAACAGUCCUGAACCUAUGAAAGCUGCAAAGCGUGAGCAGCGUUUGAGCUAG